UUUGUUUAUUGUUCAGUGUGAACGAUGUCAGCCGCCGGUAACACGUCCCUUGUCCCCUUAGCUAACUUCACCAACCGGUUCGCGCAGCCGCCGUGGCGCGUGGCUCUGUGGUCGCUGGCGUACAGCUUGGUGCUGGUGGUCGCCGUGUUCGGGAACCUGGUGGUCAUCUGGAUCAUCGUGGCGCACAAGCGCAUGCGGACGGUCACCAAUUAUUUCCUACUGAACCUGGCGGUGGCGGACGCGGCCAUGGCGGCUCUUAACACACCAGUUAACUUCGUGUACGCGGCGCACGGGGACUGGUACUUCGGGGGCGCGUACUGCAAGUUUCACAACUUCUUCCCGGUGGCCGCCGUGUUCGCCAGCAUCUACUCCAUGACUGCCAUCGCUGUGGACAGGUACAUGGCCAUCAUCCACCCCCUGAAACCACGUUUCUCAUCCACUUUAACCAGAGUGGUGAUCGUGUGUGUGUGGAGCGCGGCCGUGGUGCUGGCCUUCCCUCUCUGCUUCUACUCAAAGACCAGAGCCAUUCCCAAGAGGACGCUGUGCUAUGUGGCCUGGCCCCGCCUCCGCAGCGAUGCGUUCAUGUACCACAUCAUUGUAGCAGUGCUGGUGUAUCUGCUGCCCCUAGUGGUGAUGGCGAUCACAUACAGCGUGGUAGGAGUCACACUGUGGGGCGGCGGCAUGCCAGAAAACUCCUCUGACAACUACCUGGAGCAGCUACAGGCAAAGCGCAAGGUGGUGAAGAUGAUGAUGGUGGUGGUGGGGACCUUCGCUCUGUGCUGGUUGCCGUAUCAUGUCUAUUUCAUCAUUACAGGUCUUUACUCCAACAUCAGCAGGUGGAAGUUUAUCCAGCAGGUUUAUCUGGCUGUGUUGUGGCUCGCUAUGAGCUCCACCGUUUACAACCCCAUCAUCUACUGCUGCCUCAACAGCAGGUUCCGUGCAGGUUUUAAGCAAGCGUUUCGCUGGUGCCCCUUCAUCACCGUGUCUCACCAGGAUGAGCUGGAGCUGAAGUCGACACGAUUCCAGCGGAACCGUCAGAGCAGCCUGUUCACCGUGACCCGUCUGGAGUCCAGCGCCGACACACACACCUCUCACUCCUCACGCCGCAAGAGCUCCGCCGCCAGUCGGCACAGCAGCCUCAGCAGCCAGUCACGACUCGCCACCCGCCUCUCUCUGAACGACUGUCAGCACCCCCCAGCCGUAAACACCACGCCCACCUAGAGCUUUCAGCCAAUUAGACACCACAAUUAGAGGAGUUACGUACAGAAAUUUGUGACAUGUAUAAUCAAGACUGAAUAACUCUAAAAAGUCUCUAAAUGUUACUCUACUUCCUGUUAAAUCACUUUCUCUUCCUUUUUACUGAGUGUGAGAUCGUAGGCUGAUGAGGUCAUAGUAUGAGUUAAACUAACCAAUCAGCAGCUUUGCAUCAAAUCACACUCAGUGGAACUUCACACACAUUACACACACUCACUAUAAUCACACUUUCUUUCUUUCUUUCUUUCUGUUACAGUAUUUUAAUUGUUUACAUUUUUAUGUUAUUUUAUUUUACUUAUUUUUAUACAUUUUUUUAACUCUACGUCAAUUGGUGUCUGUUUUUGAGACAUUUAAGAACGUCACAUAAAUCCAUCAUUCAGCUCAUAAAUGCUCUGAAAGUGUUUGACUUCCAUACAAAAGCUUCUGACUUUCACUCGACAGAAACGAGUCUGAAAUGAGAUUUUAUGAAUCUUAGUGUUCAGUUGUGCUGCAGGCUGAAGGUGGAGCUCUGUGUGAGAGAGAACAGCGCUGUGUGAUUUACUCGUCUACAGUGUGAUCUGUUCAUUCUCACACUGUUUAUGUUCUUCUCAGCAUCCGGCGUACCUUCACUCUCCCUCUCCCUCUCUCUCUCUCUCUCUCUUUGUCUCUCUCUCUCUGUCUCUCUCCCUCUCUGUCUCUCCCUCUGUCUCUCUCUCUCUAUCUAUCUCUCUCUCUCUCUCUCUCUCUGUCUCUCUCUCUCUCACUGGUGAAACAUUGUGUGGGGACAUUAGACAAUUUUUAUCAUUUCAAUGUAUAUGUUUUAUUUCCUAACACACACACACACACACACACACACACACACACACAUACACACCCCACAAUUAGACCUCAAUAGCAGUCAUAUUGUUUAUUAGCAUGUCUUUAUAUCCUAAUUGCUAAUUAGCAGCUUUCCAUCUGCAGCACUGUGUGUGUUUAAUAUCAGUAAUAUUAUUAUAAUCAUUAUAUAAUCUGAACACAUUAACAUUGAUGUUAUCUGUAUCACUUCCUGUUUAUUAGCUGUUUUUUUAGACACUAAAAGACCCACAACG